UGCGUAGAUUUUUGCUUGCUUUUAUAUGGGAUCCUAAGUUACAAUAUAUGACACCACAAUGAAGAUGUCUUAAAAAACAAAAUGAUGUACCUCAUUGUGUUUGCUUUUCUUUUCGAUGGUUGCACAACCAACAAAGUGGCAGAUUCUUUGAUUCAAAAAUCAUGCAAAAAAGCUUCAAAGUUUCCAGGUGGGAACAUGAUUCCAGAUUUUGAAAAAGUUUGCCUUGCAUCUCUCAAAGAGAAUCCGAAGAGCCAGAAAGUGAGAAAUCUCGGUGAUUUGACCAUAGUAGGAGCAAAUAACGCCAUAUCAAACUUAACGAAUGUAAAAAGAAUGGUGGAGAAGAUUAUAAAAGAGAGAAAAUAUAAGAAUAGUCUUACUAAAAGGUUGUUGGAAGAAUGCCUUAAGCUUUACUCCAAUAGCUAUAAAGCGUUAACUUUAGGUUUGAAUUACGCCAAAAUGCAGAAAUUUGAUAAGGCUUCAGAUGAGUUUAUGAAUGCAGAGGAUGGACCGCCAUUUUGCGGUUUGAAAUUCAACGGCGACAAUCAACAAAUAUCUCCUGUUAAAGAAGAGAACAUUUUUCUCAUUACAAUGCUCCAAAUUCCUGAUUUUCUUGCUUGGGAAGCCAAAUACGAACAAGAAGGAAGAAAUAAAUAGUGGAGUCUCUCGUUAGAGAUAAAUUUUGUUUGUGGAGAGGCUUAGCCAGACUAGCAUCCAAUUAAAUAAAAGGGUGUAAAGUGAGUUCUACUGAACAAAAUUUAUGAAAUAUAUAGUUAGUUCUAAUAGCUUUGUUCUGUGUGUUAAUUUCUUUUUGUUUGGAUCAUGUAGUCAAAUGAUGUUUGCGAGUUACAAGAGUAUUUCCAGUC